CCUUACAACCGCAGCAGCCCAAACUCAAGUUCUUGUCUUUCUAGAGCGAGACAGAAAGAGAAGGAGAGAGAGAGAGAGAGAGGAAAAAAGAAGAGGUUUUUUUUUUUUGGGGCAAAUGGGAUACUGCGUGGAAGAGCAGAAGAAGAAGCAGUGCAUUGGUUGGUGGGUGGAGAGAUACUUCAAAGACUGCCUCUGCAACACCAAAGACGAGUUCUCGUUCGGGUUCGGUCUGGCCAGCUUGGUUUGCUGGGGCGUGGCCGAGAUCCCGCAGAUCGUCACCAACUUCCGCUCCAAAUCCAGCCACGGCGUCUCCCUCGCCUUCCUCCUCACCUGGGUCGCCGGGGACAUUUUCAAUCUGGUGGGUUGCCUUCUGGAGCCUGCAACGUUGCCGACUCAGUACUACACUGCUGUGCUCUACACAACAAGCACAGUGAUCCUGGUGUUACAGGGGCUCUACUACGAUUACGUCUACUCAUGGUGGAAAUGCCGCCACAAGCAGCAACAACAGUCUCACCAAACCGUUGAUGAAGAAGAUGAUGAAAAGAAGCCAUUGAGGCCAUCAAAGCCGGCCACUGAUCCAGGCAUCCCGAUUCCCACUCGAUCUGUCCCUGUUCGCAGAGAAUUUUACUACACGUCAGCAAGGUCACUAGCAGGCAGUGCUACCCCUCCAAUUAAGGCUUUCCUCAGGCCGGCUAGAAGCGGCCCUUCAGCCGUGAGGCUGAUUGACGAUGACUCGUCCUCAGACGAUGAAGCCAGAGAUGCUUCUACUAUCUCAACUAGUCAGCCUAGGGCGAUUCCACGAUCUGUGGGUUAUGGAACAUUUUUGGCCACAUCGCUUAACCUGCCAUCACACGGCAAUGCUCUGCUGCAAGCUACCAUUGGACUCACUGGGAGGAAGCUACUGCAAGAAGUUGGAAUGGAGCACAAUGCAUAUGGUCAGUGGCUUGGGUGGCUGAUGGCUGCCAUUUACAUGGGUGGCAGAGUCCCGCAAAUAUGGCUCAAUAUCAAAAGAGGAAGUGUGGAUGGAUUGAAUCCUCUGAUGUUUAUCUUUGCAUUGAUAGCCAAUCUAACCUAUGUUCUGAGCAUUGUGGUUAGAACAACAGAGUGGGACAGCAUCAAAGCCAACCUGCCAUGGCUGCUGGAUGCUGCUGUCUGCGUCGUCCUCGACUUAUUCAUAAUCUUGCAGUACAUCUACUACAGAUACCUUCGAAACGGAGGGAAUGGUGAGCGUGGAGUGGAAGACGACGGCUAUGGAGACUACUACGCCAACAAUGCUAGAAAACAGAACCAUUAAGAUCUUGUAGGAGAGAAAUAUGGUUAUACUGUUUUAUUUUUCGUUGGGUCCUUUAGCCCCUUUUGAUAAUGUUGUAUAUGCUAGUAAUGUAAGAAGAAAUUAUGAUUAAUGGU